GCUAAAAUUCAGGUCCGUUGUUAUCGGGUUAUCGGUGUAAGUGUCACUGGGACUAGCGGGUAUACGAAGGAGAGAGAGGGGCGUUGUCAGUCAAAUUCUUCACACACCAGAUAUAACUAGCGAACGAAAGGAUGGGGGAAUUCUCUAAUGGCCUGUUUGGUUGUUUUAACAACUGCACAUUGUGUCUUAUUACCUACUUCGUUCCCUGUUACACUGCUGGAAAAAAUGCGGAGGCGGUCGGGGAUUCGUGUGUGAUGGUUGGGGCGUUGUACGCUAUUUUCCCUAUAGUUGGUAUCUAUUUCGUUGCAAAGGCUCGCGAAAAAAUCCGAGAGCAAAAAGGCAUUGAUGGGUCCUUCGGUGGUGAUUGCCUGGUCCAUCUGUUCUGUCCACUUUGUGCUUUAGUACAAGAUGCUCAGGAAAUCCAACCCCAAGCACAGGCGCAGUCUAUGGCUAGGGAAUAGGAAUUCUUCGGUGUUUAGAGUUGAACGGUGACGCUUGUCAAACUUUCUAAGUGAUGAUUCCAUUAGGCAUGCGUGCCUUAUACUGGAUCCGAAACUCCAUGCUUGACAUAUGAACAAGUUUUUUAAAAAAAUAAUCUAUAUUAGAAAAUAUUUUUCUCUGUUCAAAUGGUAUUUUUGUCUGUUUUAAAGGACGCCUUGAUUUUUUAUUUCCAUCUGUCACCGAACGCUCAAACUACAUCAUCUUUUUAUUAUUUUUAUGAAUUUCUCUAAGUUGCCUGUAUAUAUAUUGUAUUUUUGUAUGGUUAUGAUGAACAUACUUGGAUGAAUUCUGAUAAAAUACAAAAUUUUA